CUGAAGCUACUGGUUACACUGGGCACCAAGGAGACGAGUGUACACAAAUGAGGCAGCAACCAGUAACUCUUAUUCUGACUACGCACAAACUGUAAGAAACUGCUGAAUAUUAACGGUUUGAAAAAUGCCGCCUGAGGGAAAAUCUGACAUGGAGCGGGUGGGCCUCUUCAAGGAGAUGGGCUACGUCUCCAUAGGUGACAAAUACACACCCUUCAUUUAUCGUCCAUUUAACGAAUCUGCACAGAAGAAUAAGCAGAUGUUGUGUGGGGGACCAAAGAAGAAAUCUGCCCUCCAGGCUGGCUACUUUGACACUCAGUUCAAGAGGAUCUUUGAGAAAGAAGCGUUGACAGACCUUGUCAAAAUCCAAAGACAGUAUAAGAUUCAGCAGGCGAAGAAGAACCUAGGGAAGGCCUUUCUGCCAAGCAGUGGGGAGAAGAAACCCUCAGGAAUUGGCAGCUACUAUGGAACGCUGGGAGGUCCUAUCCAGGCUUUGAGUCCCUUGCAGAUUCCCAAAAAAACGUACAAAUCACCAGGCAAGAACAUGUACACCAGCCCACCCAAGAAAGGAAGUGGAUAUGGCUACCCAGGUGUCACCCUGUCCAAACUGGACUUGUAUUCCUCCGACCCAUAUGACCGAGCAAAAGAGAUGCUAAAGCGUGAGAUAAUUGCUCACAAAUCUAUGCUGAAAGGGGGACCAUUUCAUUUGAACCUCCAUCCCAAAGAAUGCUUUGACAGCAACCCUUACAGGCUUGAAAAACCUCUGCCACCUUCAAAGAACACUGAAGACAAAAAGACACACUUUGCUGUGCCUUUCAAACCAAGUUCUCCCAGCAAAAGGAUUGGAGGGAUGAAAGCGGGGACGUUUGAUGUCUAUCCGUCCCACUCUGCUGACCCCUACGUCACUCGAAAGCCUAAGUCAGUGACCAUGAAUAAGGAGGGAAAAAUCUUCCACCCAUCACCUGGCCCAAAGAGCACUCCAGUCAAGAGCGUAAUCGCCCUCAAUGUGAACAAGUUUGUGAACUUCACAAACUACAAUCAAGUCUCCUCUGUCAUGGCAUAUUAAGAGCUGUGAUGUCUGGCAGGUGACCGUAUUAAGAUUAAAGA